UUUGUUAUGUGUAUCAAUAGUUGUUUUGCGGUGGGAAUUGUGGCAAUUGUCGGCGUGCGUUUAUAUUAAUCUUCCACAAACAAACUAUUACCAAACAGAGAAAGAUGUCAGAGAGUGAUUCGGAUAGCAGUACUUCUAGCAGUGGGAGUGGUAGUUCAAGUUCUUCAACAUCAUCCACUAGUUCGGACGAAUCUGCAAAUAGCCCUAAAGUGUCUACGGUCGAAAAAAAGCUAAGUGAUUCUGCCACAGAAAAAGACAGUUCUUUGUCAGCGAACACAGAAGAACGUGAAAAUUAUCCAGCUAAAAAUGAUAGUGAGGUGAAAAGUGGUCAGGAGGAGGUAAUAGAGUCAAAAGUUGAAAUUGAAAAUGGUGUAAGUAAAGACCAAAGCACUAACGAAAAAAAGGAGGCAGACCAAAAAAACACUUCGGAAGAGAUCGAAGAAGGUGAACUUGAUAAUGAAGGCUCAAAUGAUAAAGAAAAAUUGGAUGACACGACAUCAGGGGAAAAUGAAGUACAAUUAAAAAACGACAAAGAAAAAAUUAAUGUGGUUGUUGUGGAAGAACCUGCUGCUGGUGACAAGCUAGAGGAUGAGACACCUGUAGUAGAUCAGGAUCCGCAAACGGUAGGUGAAAACAUUUCCGAGAAGGAAGGCGAACCUAAGGGCGACAACAAUAAAAUUCAGGAAAUAAAACAUAAUGGCACUGAGCGUAGAAGGCGUCAAAGGUCACGCUCGCGAUCUCAUAAUCGUGAACAAACCAAGUCCCGUAGACGAAGCCGUUCGAGAAAUCAGUCCUAUUCAAGACAACGCUCACGCACUCGUUCGCUCUCUCGCAAACGGUCACGGAGGUCAGCGUCUUUAGAAAGACGACGAGAAGAACGUAAGCGGCGUCAUGCCGAGCGUGAACUACGUGAUAAUGAAGACCGCAAUAAAAGACGGCGUGAACGGGGGAAAAAAUCACGUAGUGCUGAAAAAUCUCCCAAAAGUAAAGCGGCUUCUACUGUUAGGAAAGAAGCUGACGCCCCCAAUAUCAAAGAUACUGAAAAUGACAACGCUACCGUUACAGAUCCCAAAGCUAAAAUUACUGAACGCCAACGUCGCACUGUAGACCUACUAACUUCCCGUACGGGUGGAGCUUAUAUACCACCAGCUAAAUUGCGUAUGAUGCAAGCUGAAAUAACUGAUAAAGCCUCAGCUGCAUAUCAGCGUAUCGCUUGGGAAGCAUUAAAAAAAUCCAUACAUGGUUAUAUUAAUAAAGUAAAUGUAGAUAACAUAGCGAUUAUAACGCGAGAGUUACUCAAAGAGAAUAUUGUACGUGGACGUGGCUUACUUUGCCGUUCUAUCAUACAGGCCCAAGCUGCUUCGCCAACUUUCACACACGUCUAUGCUGCGUUGGUAUCAAUAAUCAAUUCGAAAUUUCCAAAUAUUGGCGAAUUACUUCUUAAGAGAUUGGUAAUACAAUUCAAACGCGCAUUUCGUCGAAACGACAAAGCUGUAUGCUUAUCGUCUUCACGAUUUGUUGCACAUUUGGUAAAUCAACGUGUGGCACACGAAAUUCUCGCACUUGAAAUAUUAACAUUGCUAGUAGAAACUCCAACAGACGAUUCUGUUGAGGUUGCUAUAGCUUUCUUGAAAGAAUGUGGUAUGAAGUUGACAGAAGUGUCCUCGAAAGGAAUAGGUGCUAUAUUUGAAAUGCUAAAGAACAUCCUCCAUGAAGGAAAAUUGGAUAAACGCGUUCAGUACAUGAUUGAAGUUGUUUUUCAAGUGCGGAAAGAUGGUUUUAAGGACCAUCAAUCUGUGAUCGAGUCUUUAGAGUUGGUGGAAGAGGAUGACCAGUUCACACAUCUUCUUAUGCUAGACGAUGCAACAAAUCCAGAGGAUGCUUUAAAUGCCUUCAAAUUCGAUGACCAGUAUGAAAAUAAUGAAGAUAAAUACAAAGGGCUUAGCAAAGAGAUAUUGGGAAGUGACGCUAGUGGCAGUGAAAAUGGUUCAGGCUCUGGCAGCGAUUCUGACAGUGAAUCUGGAGAUUCAUCAGAUUCAGAUAAUGAAGGAAAAGAGGAGGGUCAGCCCACAGCUGGAGACAUUAUUGACAAUACUGAAACAAAUCUGAUUGCAUUAAGACGUACCAUUUACCUUACAAUUAAUUCAAGUUUAGAUUAUGAGGAAUGUGCUCAUAAGUUAAUGAAAAUGCAAUUGAAGCCGGGGCAAGAGAUUGAACUAUGUCACAUGUUCCUUGAUUGCUGUGCAGAACAGCGGACAUAUGAAAAAUUCUAUGGCUUAUUAGCUCAAAGAUUUUGUUCAAUCAACAAAAUUUACAUUGAACCUUUUGAGGAGAUUUUUAAGGAUACCUAUCAGACGACACAUCGUUUAGAUACAAAUCGAUUGAGGAAUGUGAGUAAGUUUUUUGCACAUCUACUCUUCACGGAUGCCAUAGGUUGGGAUGUGCUUGAAUGCAUAAAGCUGAAUGAAGACGACACGACUUCUUCAAGUAGAAUUUUCAUAAAAAUUCUCUUCCAAGAGUUGGCCGAAUAUAUGGGACUUGGGAAACUCAAUACAAAACUUAAAGAUGAAGUUUUGUCUGAAAGCUUAGCUGGACUAUUUCCCAAGGAUAACCCGAAAAAUACAAGAUUUGCCAUUAACUUUUUUACAUCUAUAGGUUUGGGCGGGUUAACUGAUGAGUUAAGACAAUUUUUGAAAAACGCACCAAAAUCUGUGCCGGCAAUUAAUGUUGAAAUAUUAGCACAGAAACCUGUUAAUAGCGCUUCCUCAACUAGUUCAUCGUCCUCGGACACAUCGUCAUCAUCAUCCUCAUCAUCGGAAUCAUCUACGGAAAGUAGCUCCUCUUCUAGUGAUACGACUAGUUCCUCCGAUUCCGAAAAUGAAAAAAGGAAGAAAAAGAAUCUAAAAGGCAAAGCGGGUGACAAAAGUAACAACCGAAAGAAAGCAGCUACUAAAGAAACGAUGUCGAAAAAGUCCAAAAAUAAUAAAAACAGGCGCAAAAAACGUAGCAAAACUGAAAGUACUAGCUCCUCGGGAGACUCCUCUGACGCAAAGAGCAGUGAAAGCGAUGUAAGUAGCAGUGAAAGUUCCAGUAGCAGUGACGAUAACAAACGUAAAAAGAAACAGAAGAUCCAAUCUAAGAAACAUAAAAAAACGUUGACUAAAGAAAAUAAUGAAUCCAGCAAACCAAAGGUAACAAAGUCGACGAAAGCAGAACGAAACGGCCGUAAUGUUGCAGUAAAUAGCAGAAGCGAUGAUAAGCAUUCUGAUACCUAUACAGACCGAAGACGACGAAAGGAUAAGUCUCCUGAGAGAAAGGCAAGAGAAGAUAGAGAGCCUAAUCGGGAUCAUAGGGAACGUAAGCGUGAUCGUGACUCGAGAACAGAUUACCAAAAGGAUCGCGACAGCAGACGUCACCGUAGCCGGAGCCGGAGCCGUAGUCGCGGUCGCAAAGAACCCACUAAUUACGACAAACGAAGUAUACGAUCAACACGCAACGCGUCCAAGGAACGUGGAUAAAUUUUUGUAUUUCUAUGAGGAGAUUUGGAACAACACUUAAAUAAACUAUUGUCGAUUUUUUAUCUGAUAAAAAAAUAAAAUAAUUGAUAUUGUGUUAA